AAUAGAUGCUCCAGCUUCUGUGAGCGGAGCGGGACACUUGCUGUUGAGAGCAGAGCUAGAGGACGAUUAGAGAGUAGAAACCGCUGCGGACAACCAAAACACACCACUUUCACUCGAACCACCACACUCAAAAAUGGCCUCAAAGUGUCCUAAGUGCGAGAAGACGGUGUAUUUCGCUGAAAAGGUGUCAUCACUGGGGAAGGACUGGCACAAACUGUGCCUCAAAUGCGACCGCUGCAACAAGCUGCUGAACGCCGGGGGCCACGCUGAGCACGACGGAAGGCCCUACUGCCACAAACCAUGCUAUGCUGCCCUCUUUGGGCCAAAAGGUGUGAACAUUGGUGGAGCAGGUUCGUAUGUGUAUGAUACUCCUGCCAACAACAACGUGUCUCCCACCAGUGUGGAUUCAGCCUCCAAAGCUGAAGAGAAGCGUGCUUACGCACCCAAAGCACCAUCAAAAGCUGGCAGCAUCACCACUUUUUCUGGGGAGGCCAACCUGUGCCCUCGGUGCAACAAGAAGGUGUAUUUUGCUGAGAAGGUGACAUCACUGGGCAAGGACUGGCAUCGGCCCUGUCUGCGCUGCGAGAGGUGCAGCAAGACCCUUGCUGCUGGCAGCCACGCAGAGCAUGAUGGCCAGCCCUACUGCCACAAACCAUGCUAUGCUGUUCUCUUUGGGCCCAAAGGUGUGAACACUGGUGGUGUGGGCAGCUACAUCUAUGACAAGGAGCCCAGUGCAGUGACCCAGCCUUGAGCCUUUUUGUCCCCUCAGCCUCACCUCUUGUCUCCACUCAACACUGACCAUCAACCACAGUAUUAUUUGUAGCCUCUUUUCUCUUCCCCACUUGUGUGUCCGUACCUGAGACAACCAGCCUUCUGCUCCAGAUCUUCUCCUAAGUCUCUGCUUUUCCCCUUUGCGCUAGCUGGAUCAGAUUUAGCUACACAAGGAAUGAUUUAUUGACUACAAAUACUGCCUAGACAUGUGUUAAAUGUAUUUGCUGCAGGAGCACAAAACACAUCAAGCAUUCCCACAUUAAUGAUAUUGCACACCAGCAAUGUUUACACAUUUCUAAAUGUAUAUGAACACGAUAAAUGUCAAUAGAUUAAAACAUAAAGGUCUUAAAUUUUCUAAUGUUUCACCCACAAAACAGCCUGACCAACAAAUGUUUUUGAUCAUGCAUGCUCAUUUUAAAGAAAAAAAACAAUCAGAAUGGGAUUCUCAGGUGUGCAAAAAAGUGCAUUGUGGGUAAGGGAGGUGCAGGUCUUUACUGUGACGUGCUGACAGCCUUAGGAAUUUCACCUCGUGGGUGCUGCACACACAGGUGGUGCUCUGUAGCACGUUGCCAAUAAAUCUGUGUUUUACAAAUGCCAUAUUUUUAGUUUGGCCACCUGACAACAUUCCUCAUGUGGAGGGGAAAAAAAUCAAUUUUGUUUGGAGAAGAGGGGGAAAAAAGUCCCGAUAUGAUGUUUAGAAGGUGGGAAUGUGGAUGUCGGAGCCGAUUGUUGAUGAUUUUUCAGAACUGAGCAAAUAAACUGUAUGUCAGAAUCUGGAUAAUAACAUAUGAUGUGCUAAUACAUAACAAAUGUUCUGACCCAGUUAUAUACAUGAAGUCUUAGUGAAGUUUAAGGAAGGUUGGGCUGCAGACAAACCUGUAUUUAUUCUUUUCAUUCAAGUCCUUUGAGUUUCAAGCCACUGAAGCCCUCCUGGGACUGAUUUUUUUUGUUUUGUUUUGUUUUUUGAAGGAGGUCAAAUGAGGCUGCAUAAGCUGUAUAAAUCUCUACGAUCAAGAUUUUUAUUAUUAUUAUUUUCAAAGAAGUAACCCUGCUGUUAUUUUUCCGAGAGAUGACGCAUUAUUUGAAGUAUUAUAUUUCUUGCCAUUAAUGAACAAAGUAGCGUAGCUUGUAGAAAGAAUAAGACUGCAGACAAGUCAUUCUGUAGAAUGUGCAUCCUAGUAUUACUGUAUGACUGUUACUGUGUUUGUUUAUUACCUGUUGUACAUCGUAGGGCUUAAUAGACCCUGCAGGGCUCGCUGUUUGUAGAGCUGAAUCGCCCUGCCGCAUUCAUCUUUUUAAUCCCUUGGAUAAAUAUUGCAGAAAGUCUUCAUUUGCGUGUGACAGAUUCUCAACUCCCUUUUUCUGUUCAUGAAUUGCAAUAAACAAAACACUACACAUGG